AACCCCACAACAGAAAUGAAGAAAAGGAAAAUGGAAAAGGCAUUAAAAAAAUUGAAUGAAACACAAGUUUCUGAGAAGAGUACAUUUGAAGGACCAUUCAGUGAGGACCCAAAGCAAAUGCCACCUACAGAGGACUUGGAUAAGGUAAAAGAAUUUGUGAAGGAGGGCCUGGUAAAAAACCAUUCAAGUAAUGUCCCCAAAAAGUACAAAAAAAACCAUGAAGAACUAGUUGAAUGCAAGUUUGGUAUACAAUUAGAUCAUUUCAUCAUACCAACAAAGACAUGGAUUUAUGACCUCUUCACAAAUGAACGUUGGUUGUCUGACAUGCAUAUUGCAGUGGCAUUUUAUUACCUAGGAGUGAAAAGAAAACAGUACCAAAUCAAACAAAAAUAUGCCACAACAGACCCAUUAUUUAUUGGGGUGAUGAAGUUGAAGUGUGAAAUGGUCACUAAUGACAAAACAACAAUGACUGAGGCAGCUUCUAAUGGAAACAUAAUGAACACAAUGCUUGGGUCAAAUGGGUUGCCAUGGGCAGAAGCUGACUUUGUAUACAUGCCACUGAACAUAGGGAUGCACUGGAUACUCUUGGUGUUGGACAUUAAUGGAAAACGUAUCAGAGUCUAUGACUCCCUAAAGAGAAGAGGAGAUUCCUUGGCAACGAUUAGGGUAUUCCUUCCUUGCUUGGAGACCUUCUUACCAAGAGUAAUGGAGAGGUUGGGAGUUUAUGACAAAAGACCGAAUGCACAAAUUGGAAAGGGCAAAAUUCGUGUAGAUAUAGUCCGUAAUUGUCCACAACAAGAUGAUGGGGGCAACUGUGGUGUCUUUAUUAUCAAAUUUGCUGAGUUUCUCAUGAUGGACAAAGAUGUGAGUGAAGUUUCGAAGCAAGACAUAGAGAUGUACCGACAAAAGAUGACGACAGAGCUACUGAUGUAUGCAUCAUGAAGGCAGUAGUUGGACUUGAUGAUUUGUAAUAAAUAUUUUGUUGGGAA